AUGCUCCUGCCGGUACACCCGCGCCCGCCGUCCGCGCCCCAACCCGCGCAGAAUCCCGGCCUCCGCAGGCAGGUAGAGCCUCCCGGGCAGCUCCUGAGUCUCUUCUACUGCACCGUCCUGGUGUGUUCCAAAGAGACCUCCGCGCUCACCGAUUUCUCUGGUUACUUAACCAAACUCCUGCAAAACCACACCGCCUAUGCCUGUGAUGGGGACUAUUUGAACCUACAGUGCCCUCGGCAUUCGACAAUAAGUGUCCAAUCGGCAUUUUAUGGGCAAGAUUACCAAAUGUGUAGUUCCCAGGAGCCCACCUCCCAGAGGGAAGACAACCUGACCUGUGUGGCAUCCACCACUUUGCAGAAGGUGCUGGACGAAUGCCAGAACCAGCGGGCCUGCCACCUCCUGGUCAAUAGCCGCGUCUUUGGACCUGACCUUUGUCCAGGAAGCAGUAAAUACCUCCUGGUCUCCUUUAAAUGCCAACCUAAUGAAUUAAAGAACAAGACCGUGUGUGAAGACCAGGAGCUGAAGCUGCACUGCCACGAGUCCAAGUUCCUCAACAUCUACUCUGCCACCUACGGCCGGAGGACCCAGCAACGGGACAUCUGUUCCUCAGAAGCUGGGCUGCUGCCCCCCUUUGACUGCCUGUCUUACACAGCGUUACAAGUCCUGUCCAGGAGGUGCUAUGGGAAGCAGAGAUGUAAGGUCCUCGUCGAUAACUACCACUUCGGGAGCCCCUGUCUUCCAGGAGUGAAAAAAUACCUCACUGUCGCCUACGCCUGUGUUCCGAAGAACAUACUCACAGCGGUGGACCCCGCCGUUGCUAAUCUAAACCCUUCUCUGAAGAAAGAUGAUGAAUACGGUAUAAAAUUUGACCCAAGUGGAUCGAGGGUUGUGCGGAAAGAUGGCGUUAUUGUCAGCAACUCUCUGGCUGCAUUUGCUUACAUUCGAGCCCACCCCGAGAGAGCUGCCCUGCUGUUUGUGUCUAGUGUCUGCGUCGGCCUGGUCCUCACGCUGUGUGCCCUGGUCAUCAGAGUGUCCUGUGCCAAGGACUUCCAGGAGCUGGGACAGGGACGGGAGCAUCUGGUGCUAGCCAGCGACAAGGCUGAGGAGGACAGCGAGGAGGAGGUGGAAGAGGAGGAGUCCUCGGACUCCGAGUUUCCUGCCGAACUGUCCAGGUUUUGUAGGACUUCAUAUCCCGCCUACAGCUCCGUAGAGGCCGCUGAGCUGGCAGAAAGGAUUGAGCGUAGGGAGCAAAUCAUUCAAGAAAUAUGGCUGAACAGCGGCCUGGACUCCUCAAUCCCGAGGAACAUGGGCCACUUCUACUGAAAACCAGACACAUCUGGAUGAGAUCACACUUCCUGAAGAGGGAAGGAUCCAGAAUGCCCUGUCUCCCCACCCCCUCUUGUACCUUCUGUGAAGGAGAAUCUGUCAUGUCAUCCGAGACGGGUGAAGCCAGAAAGCUGCCAAAGGGACGUCUCUCUGUUUACAGCACACCCCGGA